AUGUCAGCCUUCUCCAAGUACAAUGCCAGUGGCACAGGGCUCUUAGACCAGGCAGAGGUCAUGGACUCUUUGGAAGGACUUGGUCUAGCUCCCAAAAAUGAGACGGAAAGGGAGGAGGUAUCUGCUAUCCUGCUCAACUUUGAGAAGCUCCAAUUCACUCUUGAUGAAUACUGCAAUGAGGUAGUACCGAUGAUUCGUCAACAACUAAAGGAGCUCAGACGUCCGCACUUGGCAAAGUUGUUCAAGAAGUUUGAUACCUACGAGCGGAGCAAACUGUCCAUCUCGGAGAUCAUGAAAGACGUGCUGAUUUAUGGCCUCGACGUCUAUGAGGAAUCCUUGAAGAUGGCACUGAAAAGUUUUGCGCAAAGGACAGGCCGAAGCGAGAAGCUGUUGUCUGCAGGGCUUGCCACGCUCGAUGAGGAUGCCUUUGUAGACUUUCUUUGCCUGCAGCAGGAGCUAGCAGAGCAGGAGCGAGUCUCUCGCUUCGAGGACCUUGUGAACAAGCUGAGCCUUUCGCAGGAAGAGCAGGAGCUUUGGAAGCACGAUUUAGUGAGCUGGGAACUGCGAUUUCAUGAGUACAAUCCGAGCCGAGGGCACUGGGGAGACUAUUCCGGGUUCGUACCGGAACAACAGGUGCUUCUCCUUCUCAGGGACAGUGGCCUUGUCCCCAAGAGUCCAGCUCGGGUCAUGCAGGUGAAGUCCAUGCUACAGAGCUUGUUGCGUCCUGAUGGCACCGUCAGUUUUCUGGACUUUCUGAAAGUAGUGACCUAUUUAAAAGACCUUGAGAAGGAGAAAGUUGGGAAAAUUGUCGACGAGCUCACAGACCAGAAUUGCUGCGUUCCUGUCAGGGAGGUUUGCACAUUCUUUCGAUCCUGCGGCUUGAUUUCGAAGGUUCAAUCAGAAAGGAUGGAGGUGCAAGAACUGGUUGAUCAAGGAGAUGGUCGAGGAAGCAAAUUUCUGGGUCGUGCUCCAGUCAUCGAACUCUGGAUCCGACUUCAUGCCCUGCUCAAGGUGACCGCAGUUGAGCGAGAGCGCCAGUAUGUGCUUACAAAUGGGGGGUGGACUGAACAUGACUACAUUGAUUUCAAGAAAGCCUUCCACCGGUACGAUGAGGACAUGUCAGACAUACUGGAGCGAGAUGAGCUGGUCCAGGCGAUGGAUCUUUUGCGUGGCAAUGUUUGGAGAGCGCAGGCGAGUGUGAACAUGAUGCUGGCAGCUUGCGGAGUUGAGAGUGAAAGGGAGAUCAAGGUGAACUUCAUGUCGUUUCUUCGCUUGCUGAAGCUGGUUGAUGAAGUGGAAACGCGCCACAAUUUGGGCAUCACCAUGGGAUUCUCCCCGGAACGGACGGACCGCUUGUACAGUGGCUUCCAGGCCCUGGAUCAUGAAGGCCACGGAUAUGUGCAGAAAGCGACCUUAGCCCAAGCCUUGCGGAAGGCUACCGGAAAGUGGUGCAACACGACACAACUUGGCGAAGCGCUGAACCUUUUAGGUUCUCAUUCUGCCCCUGUUGUGUUCCAGGGCUUCCUGAAGGUCGUGAAAGCACUCGAAAAUGUUGUCGAGGGCGACUGGGAAGACUGUCUCGACGACAUCUGCCAAUGGGAAAACCGCCUGGCGCUUGAGGAGGACGAAGGUGGCACGGAGGCGCUGGAUUCCAUCCCUUUCAGUUGGCAAUUCUUCCGUUGGUGCCAGAUUGACUCAGGUUUUGUGCAAGCUAAACAAUGCAGUGACCUUGCGGGAGCAGCCACAGACGCCGACCUCCUCGCCAUCAAUGAAGACGACACAGAGAAUGUCAAACGCGGUGGCCAAUGCUCUAGGUGGGCGGAUGUCUAUGUUGCAGUUGCACUGAUCCGCUGCCUUCAGUAGCUCAGUGCUGUUGCCACGGCCACACUACUCACUACUCG